AUGGCCGCCAGAGACUCUAUUGCCGUACAAGAUGUCAUCGAAUUACCAGAAAGACAACCGCAACCUGAAGAAUCCAUCUCAAACGAAGCACCAACCAUCCGUAAAAGCACAAACUCCCCAGAACCACCCUCACCACCACCACAUCAGCUCCUGAAACUUCUCAGCGCCGCCUUCUCCUUCUUCGCAGCUGGCGCCAACGAUGGUUCUCUCGGCUCCCUCAUCCCUUACAUCCUAUCCACCUACUCCAUCUCACCCAGCUACAUCUCCCUCGUCUACCUAACCACCUUCCUUGGCUGGUUCCUAUGCGCCCUCACCUCCCCAUUUCUCACCACGCAUCUCUCCCUUCCAUCCCUCCUCACCCUCGGCGCAGUCCUGCAACUAGCAUCGCAAACUCUGCGCUCCCUGCCCAUCAUAUCCCUCCCGCUCUUUGCCUUCACAUUCUUUCUAACAGGCCUCGGCCAAGCCAUUCAAGACUCCUUCAGCAACACCUUCGUCGCAACCCUAAACCUUGGGGGCACCACUGGCAAAAGCCACCGCUCGCUCGGUCUCAUCCAUGCCAUGUACGGCCUGGGCCUCCUCAUAGCCCCCUUCACCGCAACCAGCAUCGCGAACCGCGCCAGUCCCAGCGGCGGCAAUAAAUGGGAACGCGUCUGGCUCUGGCUCACGGGAAUCGACAUCUUGAACAUCAUGGGCGUAUUAUACGCAUUCCGCGAUUCGGCUUGGAGGAUUUCUACGGAUGGGGAGAGGGGGAAUGGUGUGCAGGACGAUGGGGAGGUAGAAGGCGAGAGGGGAAAUUGGAGCAAGUGGAAGCAACUACUCGGCAUGAAAAACUUGUAUAUCCUCGCCCUGUUCUUCUUCUUUCAUCUAGGCGUCUGCUCUACAUCAGGCGGCUGGGUCGUCGAAUUCCUCGUCCGAACUCGCCACGGCGACCUCCACAAAAUCGGCUACGUCCCCUCAGGUUUCUACGGCGGCCUCUGUCUCAGCCGUCUCAUCCUCGUCGAGCCCACGCACCGCUACGGCGAACGCCGCAUGCUGCUCCUGUACUCCAUCCUGUCUUUCGCUAUGCAGUUGGUAUUUUGGCUGGUCAAGGAUCUCGCGACUACGAUUGUGAUGUUUAGCCUGAUGGGGUUUUUGAUGGGACCGUUUUUCGCUGCUGUGGGUCUAAUAUUCUUAACCGCCCAAGCGGGCGCAGCCAUCUUCCCCUCACUAAUCGGACUCAUCGCCGCGCGCGCUGGCGUGCAAGUUCUACCGCCGAUCGUAGCGGGUCUGAUUGUGGCCAUGGGAGUUACGUGGGGGUUUGUGCCAAGGGUUGAGCGGGUACAUGAAGAGUGA